CACUUCACCCUAAACUAAGGACACAACGAUUUUUUGACAGGACAAGCACUGAUCACUCCUGAACUUUGUCCACUUUAACAAAAAACAUACAGUAUUUGGCACUAUAUAAAAGUCUUUGUUAUACCUGUGGAAUUAAUCUUUCUUGAAGAUAGUCUAGUGAGGUUCUAUUCGAUAUUUAAUCAACUUUAGCCAUAACAUGGCUACGAAAAGUUUAAUCUUAUUAUUGGUUUGUUUGAUAAGUUUGUACUUAGCAUGUUGCCAAGAAGAUAUGUUCGAUGACACGUUUGGCGCUGAUCCCGGCUGUAAAGAUCCUUGGUCAACGGAAUGGACGCGCGAUGGUGCAGACUGCACGAAGGUUCAUUUCUGUGUCCAAGGAAAGAAAUACUGGACCAUCACUUGUAACGAUACACGGGUGUGGUCUAAUACUGGGCAUGCCUGUGUUUUGCCAUUCUCACAAUGGGAUGAUUGUAACCAAGUUAUGACGACCCCAACUAUAAAUGACGAAAGAUGUAUAGAACCAAGUGGAAUGAACCCUGAUCCAGACAACUGUGCCCAAUUUUUGGCAUGUACCAACAGAACUGUAGUAGCUACCAUGUCCUGUCCUGAAAAUACUCUAUUCUCUACCAGAAAUAAUACAUGCGAACUUAGUUACAUGGUUGCAGAUGAAUGUCGUACCAGAAGUAUUCCUAGUCACAUCUCCGUCACAACUGCCAGUCCUAUUAUUGAUAAACCAUGUGAAGGAACAAAGAACGGUGAUGUAGCUGAUCCACGGAACUGUGCCAGAUUCUACAAAUGUAACUAUGGUCGUGUAGUAGCUAGAGUCAAGUGUCCCAGUAACAGCCAUUUUUCAGAUAUUAAACACAAGUGUGACUGGAGAGCUAAUGUUGAAUGCGGCAGCCGACCCGAGGCAUAAAAUAAAACUGUUUUAGAAUGCGGAAGUCAACCCGAGGCAUUAAACAAAACAGUUGCAAUUGCUAUGACGUUCUCGGUGAAUAAAACUUGCUCAAGUUAAAAUUUGCAGAUUAAUGAAAAGCAUCCAUAAUUGAGCACACACUUUAUAAACAAGACGAGUCCAUUGCGAGGAACAAUGGCCUAGUUUCUAUUUAUUAAAGGAACAAUAAAACAUAUGGUUCUUUUUUUUAAUUUAAAAACUGUUAUUACAAUCUAAUUUUAACAAUUAUUUUAUAAACCUCAGAUAAAUAAAGAAGACCGUGGGUUCUAAUGUAAAGAUAAAUCCUCCAUAACUUAUACAUUAGAAUUGAAAAAUCUGCAUGAUUUGCACAAAUGUUUGAAGUCUUUAUUCAGAUACGAUGCCCCUUUAAUAUAAUUUAAAUUCAAACUAACAGUAUUACUUUUUACUAAUGUUACCCUGUAUAUACAUUUAUAUAUUUCAAGUAUUAAAGUUUUUUGUUUAUUUCAAUGUUUUCAUGUAGAUCUCAAAAACUAUCCUUUCUUACUCUUCCCUUUCGUCGGUGUUCACUAGGAUAAUAGGUGAUAGAAAAUGUGUUUGAUGUAUAUUUGUGAAAUGUUUUUUAAUAAAUACACUGAAUACAAUUGUUGUGUUCGACCAAACUAAA